GCCUGGACAAUAUGUCUGCGCCCUUUUGAAUCAGCGAACGAGCUGUGUGUUCUUGGUUCGGGAUGCUAGUGCUACGGCGGAUACUGUGCACGGCCUGGGGCCAGGGCAUUCAUUCAAGCCCUGGUUCUGUGCGCUUACUAGAACGCCUGGAUGUGAAAGAGAAAGCAGCUUGGGGCACACGAACAUGCCUAAUUCAUGCUGUUCGAAAUUAUGCCAGUAUAAGAAGGAAAGAUGUAAUUCCAAGUCAGCUGGAUGACCUGCCAACCACAAUGCUGAAGAAAGAAUAUACUGGUGUUCCACUUUCAGAAACAGUUGAUGAUGUUGUUAAACGGCUCCUUACUCUAGAAAUGGCAAGUCAGGCGGAAAAACUCAAGAUAAAAACUCAACAACUGGUCGAUAAAGUGAAGAGAGAUCCUCAUGAUACAAAUUCUGAAGAGGUCAAGAUUGCAGCCAUGACAGCCACAAUAAGGAAUUUACAUGAACAUAUUCAAAAGCAUCCUAAGGAUAAAGCAAACAAGCGUAGAAUGCUUAUGGCAAUGGACCAGCGCAAAAAGAAAUUGAAAUUUCUUCGCAACACAAGAUUUGAUGCUUUUGAACAUGUGUGCACACAACUAGGCAUCGAAUACACAUUCCCUCCAGAAUAUUACAGACGUGUAACCCGGAGGUGGUUGGUAAAGAAGGCUCUUUGCUUAAAGGUGUAUGAAGAGGUAAAGAAGCUACGGGCUGCAGGACUAUUAAGGAAUAAGAGACCUACACAAACAAAACCACAUGAAAAGCCGAAGGAAACGCAAGGAACUCCUGUGUAAACUAGACUAUAUAGACACAAUUGACACAAAUCACCCCAAAAGGGCAGAGGAGGCUUCAAAUACAGUAUCCCACAAAAGUAAGUACACCCCUCACAUUAUUGUAAAUAUUUUAUUAUAUCUUUUCAUUUGACAACACUGAGGAAAUGACACUUGGUAGUGAGCGUACAGCCUGUAUAACAGUGUAAAUUUGCUGUCCCCUCAAAAUAACUCAACACACAGCCAUUAAUGUCUAAACCGUUGGCAACAAAAGUGAGUACACCCCUAAGUGGAAAUGUCAAAAUUGGGCCCAAAAUGUCUAUUUUGUAUGGCCACCAAUAUUUUCCAGCACUUCCUUAUCCCUCUUGGGCAUGGAGUUCAACAGAGCUUCACAGGUUGCCACUGGAGUCCUCUUCCUCUCCUCGAUGACAACAUCAUGGAGCUGGUGGAUGUUAGAAACCUUGCACUCCCCCACCUUCCGUUUGAGGAUGCUCAAUAGGCUUUAGGUCUGGAGACAUGUAUUGCCCAAUAAACACUACAUAUUGGUUAAAACAAGUGGUUUUAUUAAACAAUUCAAUUAAUAAUUUGUUAAGCAAUACUUUAUGCUAGAUACUAUAAGCAACAAUUCAAUUACUGAGUUGAUAAGCAAUACUUUAUGCUACAUACUAUAAGCAACAAAUAUAAUUUACAACAUCACCAGAUUUCGUAUCAUAUGUUCCACUUUGGCUGGGGAUUCCUGUCACUGCAGCCUAAACAAUAUAGGGAUUCUGGGAGUUCAUCUUGCCUGGUAUCCACACGGCGCCUUUGCCCAUGAACAGAGAAUCAGAAAAGAGGAAGUCCCAGCUCUCCUUUAUACUGUUGCUGAGAUAACACUGUGUAUAUAGUUCUUCUCUUCAUAGCUGUGUACGUGUCAUUAUGUGUGCUGAGAGUUAAGUUUAUUCAGACAAAUGUUCUUGACAUCUUAAUAGUGUUUGUGGUUUCCUAUUAGGCAGACUUAAUUCUUGUCAGCAUUAAUAAUUAUAUAAGCAUGGGGCAUUGUAACAACUAGUUAAGGUCUUCAACUAAGAUAUAGAUCUGUUAAAACAUUGGUUCAUCCAACAAUUCACUCAUAUAUGGCCGGCCAUAUCACACAUAUCACAACAGGCUGUACACUUACUACUUUACAUUAUAGCAAAGUUUUAUUUCUUCAGUGUUGUCGCAUGAAAAGAUAUAAUAAAAUAUUUACAAAAAUGUGAGGGGUGUACUCACUUUUGUUGGAUACUGUACAUUGCAGCACUUUGCUUAUAAGCAUUUCUAACCCAUCCAAACAUUUAUUUAAUUGGUGCAUUUUUAUGUAUGUGGCAUUUCCAAAGCAUAUCAUUUUCUAAUAUUUUAUGUCUACAAAUUGUAUGAACACCAGAACAUCUCUGUCAUUUAACACAUUGAAAAAUAUUGUUUUUUUAAAGUGUAAUUAAGUAUAAGAAUGUAGGAAUUGCCUCUUAUGUGAAUAUAAUAAUAAAAUGUCCUCUUAUGUGAAUAUAAUAAUAAAAUGUCCACUGGGAGAAGCAACAAAUUACAAUAUGCAUAGUUGUUUUUUGCUACCUUUAUUUUGGUGCUGACGGUGAAUCACCAUUUUCAUACAAAAUGUGUCACUUUCCAGAAAAUAUCAAGAGAUAGUAUCUUUUAUUUAGUAUUAUUAAACGUUGAUAUUAAAUUCA